GUUUCUUAGGCACGUGCAGAACCCAGAAAUAAUAAUUUGCUGAAUAAUGAGUCUGACACGAUGUUAUGCAUUGGGUCAAAGAAGACUGGUUGCCUGGGAGAAUCUUUCUGUGUAUAAAGCCAAUUUUUGUGUUGGUAAGCACCACAAUGUGAGGUCCAUAAACACUGUGAAAUCUCACAUAUCUGCACAAUCCUUUGAGACAACCAAACCAUUCUCAGCAAUUCCUGGUCCUAUCAGCCUCCCAGUCUUGGGAACAUUGUUACCAUAUAAAAUAGGCACCAAGAGGGUACAGACGUAUCAUCAAGAUGUGUGUUCCCUUUACCACAAAUAUGGACCAGUUGUGAGGGAAGUUUUUAGCUCUGGAACUGUAAUUCAUGUAUUUGAUCUGGCUGACAUCCGCGCUGUUUAUGAGAGUGAUGGAAGAACUCCUCAUGUACCACCACUACAGGAAACAACGAAGGCGUAUCGUGAGCUGAAACACCUUUCUCCUGGACUCGGAAACAUAAAUGGUGAAAAGUGGUACAAAUUGCGCAACGCAGUACAACAGAUGAUGCUCCGUCCCCAAGAAGUUAGUCAUUAUUACCCUCUUCAGGAUGAUGUGGCCAAAAAAGCUGUAGAAAGACUGGCACUCGAGGCAGACGAUCAAGGGUUCAUUCCACAGCUACACUUCUUUAUUACCAAGUGGAUCAUGGAAUCUGCAGGGAUGUGCUGCUUUGAAAAAUCGCUUGGGUGCUUAAGUGGAGGUGCUAAAGAAGACCUUGCACAAAAAAUGGUGGAAGCAGACAUUGAAAUAUUUAAGCUUUCAGCAGAGCUUAGGUUUUCGCUGCAGCUGUAUCGCUACUACAAAACUCCAAAGUACAGCAGACUACUUGACUAUAGCGAUUUCUUUUAUGGAGUGACAUUGAAGUUCAUCAGUGAUACCGUGGAUGAGAUCAAGGCACUCGUGGCUGAGAAAAAACUCAAAGCUGGACAAUUCAACUUCCUGACUUACCUUAUGUCCCGCAAGGAGUUGUCAGAGGAUGAUAUUGAUGCCAUCACCUUGUCUCUCUUCACAGAUGGUCUCUCCACAACUGCUCCAACACUUCUUGGCAAUCUUCACUGUUUAGCAUUGAACCCAAGCAUCCAAGAACGACUUUAUCAAGAAAUUAAAGCACACGUUAAGCCAGAUGCUCCAAUAACACCACAGACCAUCAAUAAAUUGCAUUACCUUCGGGCAUUCGUUAAAGAAGUAUUCAGAUUUUAUCCUAUUGGUGAAGCUGUACAGCGUUUUCUUCAGAAGGACUUGGUUCUAAGUGGCUAUCAUGUUCCUGCUGGUACUCGGGUCGAGUUGAGCUCCUAUGUCUGGCUACAAAGUAGUGACUACUUUAAAGACCCGACCACACUGUCUCCUGAACGUUGGCUGCGAGAUUCGGCAAAACAUGCCAGUGUUGACCCCUACCUCCAUAUUCCCUUCAGUAUUGGUACCCGGAUGUGUGUAGGUCGGAGAUUUGCAAUACAGGAUUUAUAUUGUGGCCUGUGUCGAUUGUUGCUGAAAUUUCAGCUUGUGGCAACAGACAAAUCACCACCUCAACAGGAAUGGAACACUUUGCUAAAACCAAAGUUUUCACAACCAGUACCUAUUCAAUUUAUUCUCAGGAAGUAAGAACUAGUGUCACUUGUGUCAGCUCCCGUGUACAGCUGGCACAGUUCUACCUCAUACAAUAGCUGGCACAGUUCUACCUCAUACAAUAGCUGGCACAGUUCUACCUCAUACAAUAGCUGGCACAGUUCUACCUCAUACAAUAGCUGGCACAGUUCUACCUCAUACAAUAGCUGGCACAGUUCUACCUCAUACAAUAGCUGACUCAUUUUGUGAGAUGUGGCACCUCUGUGUUUGUUUACACCAUAGUAAAACUAGCUGAAUGGGCUGAAGCAGCAUAUCUCUGAAUGAAAGUACUGUAUGUUACCAAAUCGAACAUUAUUGGCUCCUUUUUGCUGUCUGCUGAACGGUGGCUGUGUUGUAUGCUGGAAUAAUAUACUAGUAUAUCAUAUGAAGGAAUGAGUAUGUGGGUAAUGAUAAAUGAUGAUGUAAUUUUGUCAUGUAAGUCAAAUUUGGUAAAAGGUUAAAAUGGUUAUCUCAGCAAUGCAGGUGGCCAGACUAAAGAAUCGGAGGCACUGUGUCAUUGUGGGUUGGAUGGGUAUAAUGAAGUUUAACUAAACUGGUAUUUCAAAUGUUAUUUCUAAGCUCAUCUCUAAGGUGACCUGAUGUUUUCUGAUUAAUAAUUUUGUGUUCAGUUAAUUUGUAUUUUCCUGUAAAAGACAAUUUCUUUGAAUUCUAUAUUUGCUAAGGUACUGUAUUUACUUUAUGUUAACUACCGAAAGAGUAAUAGUGAUGUGAAUCUUAAUGUUUUACUUGUGGUUCAUUGGACUGGGUACCAGGGCCGGAUUCAAGAGUGGGCAAAGUGGGCAGCUGCCCAGGGGCCUCCACAUAUCAGGGCUGGUCGACUUGAAACCACAUGAAUGACU